AACAGAUUCUAUAUAAAUUAAGUUUGGAACGAUUUUUAAGACUUGUGGGAGAAAAGCACGAUAAAUCGGGCAUCGAAUUUUCUUGCAACGAUAUUACGCUGAUAUCGUUGCGAUCUGUUUCUUUUUUGUUCCGAGAGACGUCAAGAUGGCUUUAUACAUCUGAUCUAAAUACCGUGGCGUAUCGAGCAUUUUCUGGCUUUGACGAGUGUAAAUUCUCUUAGACUAAAUUACAGCGAAUCGAGAACGCUUGUCAAUUGAAACGCUCGUGGCGAAGAUCGGCUGAUCAUUAAGACGCACGUCAUCAACGAAAGGUUAUCAAUACGGUGAUAAGAACUGUCGACGAAGCUUUGCGAAGAAAUGGACAACGAGAGGAUCGAUUAUAAAACCGCCAAAGCCGACGGCCGCGUGACAAAUAAUCAUCGCAAGGGAUUAAAUUAUCACCAUCUCGUUCGAAAACAUUCGGAUUACGAAAACAGAAUGCAAAAAAGGAAAGAAUUUUCUAGCGAAGCUACGGAGGGCGAAGCAGAAGAAGAAGAACAGGAAAUCGACGAAGAGGAAGAUGUAAAAGUUCAGAAAGUAGAUACGAACCAAGAAGAAGUAAAUGAAAAUAAGCAGGAAACUGCGCAGAUUGAACAGUGCGCGAUUUGUCACGUUAUCAUUAACGACGCGAAUCUUGGCGGAACCGUCGCCAACUCCGAACAGAAUCAACACUGUUCCGAAGGCUACUUGUUAUGUCAUCAUUGUGUACGAAACUUUUCAAUUCGAUCAGUUGCGGAACAUCCUCAACCUCGAAGAUCGCACACGAAUUUCUUUCAAGGUAGAGACAGCAAUCACAGCAUACGUUCGAGAACAUACGAUCCGCAUCGCAAUCAGUGGACUUGUAACUUCAAUAGAACGGUAUCCGGCGAAAGGAAUAACAAAACGUUAGAUUACGAAUCGGAUGCCGUUUCAUUUGUCGCUGAUCGCGAUCAAAGUAAUCUGCGACGAGAGGAACAAGUGAAAAAUUGCGGGAAACAGUAUCAACAACAACAUGAUUAUUGCAAUCGAAUGACAACGACGUCAAGGAGAAAUAGCGCAGUGGAUCAAUACUCCUCUGAGAUUAAGGUCAAAAGUCCCUCUUUGGUCGACUGCUCCCGCAGACCCAUACGUUGCCCACGUCUAGACUGUUCUGUGAACGUCGCUUUCUCGGCUCUAACUCAUCAUUUCCUUUUCGAUCAUCCCGAAGUACCCGUCCUCAGUGUCGAACCUGGCACCGAGAGCACACUCAUCAUCAGCUAUGGAGCUCUUUCCUGCAACUCCAGUCGAUGUUUAGCUCUCUUACUGGUAUCCGGAAAACUCUCAGAUUCCUCAGCGAGGCUGUUCAGUAGUAUUCAAAUAAAUCCUAAGUAUCGGAAUCGAUUGCCUCUGCCGGUGUUGGCAGCGCGUCUGCACAGUAAUCACAAUUACGUGUGUCGUGAAGAGAUGCACGCCGGCGGAGAGGGCCAGUGCGAGAAGGAUAUGAUCAUUGCCUGGGUGGCGGGAUUAGACGUCGGCGACACAACUGACAGACUUCGGUGUAGUAUCCAGGCUAUCGAUAGCAUCGAGAACGGCGGAUUUCGUUCGCUCACGUACACAGGACCUGUGACGUCCCUGAGAAUCGCCCAAUGUCCACGUGACGUCUUCUUGGGUGGUGAUUGUAUAGUUCUCCACGAGGGAUUAAUCAAUCAUAUCACCUCUGGCUAUACCAGUCUCAAUGUAAAUGUUAUUGUACAUUAAACGUGUGCUCUGUUAACACAUAUAUUUCUUUGUUUCUGAAAUAACUGUUUUAAAAAUGUAAGCUCAUUCAAUAUAAAUCGGGACCAUAUAGAAAGAGUGGA